GUGACUUCUAGAAGUAGUAGAACUUCGUUCCUUCAAGGCACAUUCAUAAUUAGAUAUAAAUAUGUCACAUGAUGGCAUAGGAGGAAAUAAAGAGAAUAUCAAGAAGAUCAACAUGUUUUUUUCCCCAGCUGAAGAACGUCAUCAACAUGUUUUUUUCCUCAGCGGUUGUAUUUGCGAAGGCACGUGAAGUCUAUGAGAAAAUGAAGAAGCUCGUACGUGCGGAACAUUUUGACGUCGAAAAAUUCUUAUGGAGGCUACAACAGAAGUAAGCAGGAACUACGCUGUCUAACUGAAACUACGUUACUGAAGUAAGCAGGAACUACUCUGUCUAACUAAAACUGAAACUGUAUGUUACUAUAAGUAUAACAUAAUGUUAGUACUGACAAGGUAAAAACCAAAAGCCAAACCAUGGAGUGAUUGUUCAAAAAUACUUUGCUUCUAUUAUGCUUCUAGUAGACCUAGACCUAUGAUUUACGCUAACAAGGACUCUUGUUGUAGGUGAAGGAAGAUUCUUCUAAUUUCUUGCACUUUGCGCUCUGGAAACAGUGAAGUGUAUUUUCUCGGCGAAAAGUACUCGUUUGCAGAGGAGGAGAAAAAUUGCGAUAGAUUUCUGCAGAGAUUUGACGCUUGCCUGGUUUUCACAUACAGGCACUCGAUUCGUGAUCUGAAAAGUGAAGGUGGGGAAGAGAUUGCCAGCGAUGCAGGAUGGGGCUGCAUGUUGCGUGUGGCGCAAAUGAUGUUAGCCCAAGCACUGCUACGAUCAUGUUCUGCUACUGGUCCUGUUAAGGCUCUCACUAAUUCAUCUUUGACUUCUUCAUGAAUGUACACUUGUGAGACUGUAUUGUCCCGCUGGUGGUCAAGGAGUACCACUAGGGAUGUCAAUCAAUCAAAAGACUUCAUCCUUGAAAAGUGUUUGGGAGUAUCCAUCGCACUCGCACGAAAAGCUCCCUCGUCAUAGUCUUCAAGGAUGCAGCUGAUAGAUGAUUUGCGGAGCGGUCUAAUGGUUGAACUACAGCAACAGCGCCACGCUCAGUCCGUCGUUGUCUGGCCGAUGAGGUUGGAGCUCCUUUGGGUAUUCAAGAGUUCUGUAAAAUUGGGUGCGAAGGUGCCUUUGGUUCUCGCCAAGUGGGGAAAUGGUUCGGUCCUACCAGCGCUGCUUUGGUCGCUGCCGAAUUACUCAAUCGACAUCAUGAGAGGAUAAAAGACGUGUUGAUGCUGUCGGAGGACAGGUUAAGAUGAUCAAAGCAGUUGUUAUUUCACCUUAUUCUUACUGUUUUUGGCGUAUUAGUACUGUUAUUUUGUACACUAGCCUGGUGCCUGGCCGAUCGUCCUACAGGAGGUUGCUAUUCCUAAUCCAUUUAACUUCUGUGCAAUAUUGUCUUUUAGGUGGUCUUGUAGGAACUUCGACAGGGACACACACACAUGCCAUUUCGUCAUAUUCUUACGGUGAUCGUAAUCUUCGUACAAUCGUACCGAGUAGAGAGGGAGAGUUGAACAUGUUCAUGAUAUCUCUAAAGCGCGAAGGUGGAACAUCAAAAAUUCCACACGGCAUAACGUUUGACGAAGGUCCUGUUUAUGAAGACGAACUUCGAAACGCCCUUGAGAAAGGUCCAGCAGUCAUGUGGGUUUGUCGAAGACUAGGGUUCGAAGGAAAGCGCGUGCAGUAUGAGAGUGGAUUGUUGUUAUGUUCAUGCUUCGAAGGUUCGGAUACUGAAAAUGAAACUGAUGAGAACUCAAAUAGAUGAAUUCGUACUUCUUGUGACUGAACUUUGUGCGAUAUUCAUUUCAUUGCAUAGAUGAUGAAUACCAGUUCAUAAAAAUUUCUACGGACAAACACUAAGAAUUAGCACUCCCUUAUCUUGUUCUUCUAAUCAUCGCUCUGUUCACGCUCCCGCAAUUCUUAGGCAUCGGUAGUGGGAACGAUGGCGUCUCAGCGCAUUGGUUUGUCGGCUGCUACCGCGACAAGCCUGGCGCUGUUGCAUCUUUGAUGAAUACUUCUUAUGUGAAGUUGCCCUAUUCAUCAUUUGAAGAUAAUGCCAUCUGUUGUUCUACGGGUGUUAGGAACAUGACAUCUAGGGGGGCAUACGCAUGACAUCUAGAGAAUGGGAAGUAAACUCUCUUUUGUCUGAGGAGAUGUAGAUGAUACGUUUACGUUUGUCCUUCAACAGCGCGUUCUGGAACCAUUUCAAUUCUACUCAGUACCUACUAUUCUUGAAAUAUUAUAAAUAUCAACAAACUUGCAGUUGCCAGAAGGAGAGAACAUCUUCUUCUUCAAGUUCAAACCGCUUUACUUAUACCUUGCCGUUGCUUGGCGUUGCGUUUCUCCUCUAAAACUCUACCGCUUCGUCCUCGGGAGAAGUAGAUGGAAGCUCAGCAGAUCACGAUGAACCCUACCUGAUCUAUUUCGACCCGCACUGUGCAGUCUUAGAAGGUGAUACGAGUUUUACUUCUUCAGACGAGGGUGGCUCUCAUAGUAGGUUGGCUGAGUAUGCAGAGCUGACAAGGAGUUGUUGUUAAGGCCAGUAUUGAGCUAUAAUUGAACAUGAAGUUCUUUAGCACCGCCCUUCAUACUAAAAAAAUGCUGAGAAGAAAAGGAAUAAUCAUAAUUAUUCAUCUUCAGACAGGUCAGGGACGAGUGCCUCCCCAAAUACCGCUUAUAUAAUCGGCGUUAGGACGAGUUACAGUGUUCAAAUUUGAACUAUUCAAAGGACCACAAGUAGGUUACUCUAGUGAAUUUUUCGUCAAGUCAUAGGUCCCCAUCCCUCACCAUUCUCUUCUAAACAUUCGGCGUCCUAAAGGCACGGUACCUCAACACCAGCCUUUGUCUUGGUUUUUUGCUCACAGAUUGGGCCGACUGGGAGGAAGUGAAGGGGAGGCUUUCAGAUGACUCCAUUGUCCCUAAAGGUUUAGACCUUAUUGAAAUUCUCAAAGAAAAACCUAAGCCUUGGAAUCCUGAGGACGCUGGUGCUCAGCUUGAGGUUCUUGACGAUGAAGAUGACGAUGCGCUUCUUCUUUGAUGAUCCUUCAAGUGCUGCACUAUUUCUCUUUGAAGUUUCUUGUCGAGAUCAACAAUAAAACUAAUGGUUGUUCCUUUGUUAAUGGGAUUCGGAUUCUUUCGUAAAAAUGUUUUAUUUACUUAUUACUAGAGUUGACAUUCUACUUCGACGGCAUCUGGUGUGGUCAUGUGCUUUUCAUAGAAGAAAGACGUAGUGAUCCACGCAAUGUGCCUUUUUUACUACUGCCAUGUUGG